CUCGGGUCAGGUCAAGGCGGGGUCGGGUCAGGUCAGGUCAGGUCAAGGCGGGGUCGGGCGAGCAAGCCCGGCAUGGAGAAGCGGCGGAGCGACUGCCCGGCUCUGCCUCUCGGCUGGAAACGAGAAGAGGUUAUCCGGAAGUCGGGGCUGUCGGCCGGCAAGACCGACGUGUACUACUACAGUCCAACAGGAAAGAAGUUUCGCAGCAAACCCCAGCUGUCACGGGCAGUUGGACAUGUGGUGGACUUGGGAUGUUUCGACUUUCGGACGGGACGUAUGAUGCCCGGCAAGGUGCAGAAGAACAAACAGAAGUUGCGAAAUGAGAUGCUCAAUUCUUCUAAAGAGUGUGCUACAUCGGUGAAAGGGAAGAUGGAUCUGAAUACUUCUCUGCCAAUCAGACAGACGGCAUCCAUAUUCAAGCAGCCUAUCACGAAAGUGACAAACCAUCCCACCAACAAGGUGAAGCAUGACCCCCAGCGAAUUCUGGAUCUUCCCAAACAGGUGUUUUGGGAGAAGCGGCUUCAGGGCUUGAGUGCGUCUGACAUUGCGGAGGAGGUGAUGAGGGCCAUCGAACUGCCCAGGUUAUUACAAGGUGAAUGCCCCCGCUCAGGCAUAGGUCCCAACAUCACAGGCGAUGCGCUGCUGUCGACCAUCACCAGCGCGCUGCACCACAGCAGCGGCCCCAUCACGGGGCAGCUGUCAACCGCCGUCGAGCGCAACCCCGCGGUGUGGCUCAACACCGGGCAGCCCCUCUGUAAGCCCUUCGUCGUCACGGAAGACGACGUCAGGCAGCAGGAGGAGCGGGUAAGGAGUGUGAGGAGGAGACUGGAGGAGGCACUAACAGCCGACGUGGUGGCACGGGCAGAAGAGGCGACGCGAGGCGAGCAGACACAAAAAGCUGUUGUGGCAUAGGCAAAAGACAAUUACUGGAGGUUGGAGCACUUUUGACUGGGUGCAGAAAAUCAUGAAGCAAUGCUCGCCAAGUCACUCACACGUUCGUGCGCACAUUCAGCCAGCACUUUGCAUUCACCUUCAUGUAUGUUGCUCUAAAAAGAUCCAUAGCAAGCCAUGACUUUUUAUAAUGUUUGUUUGAAUGAAUUCUUUUAAUGAAAAACGUCUAGUAUUUCUUGAACCCAAUAAUGCGGGUUUUCCCCAAAACCCACUUCCCCCCUCUCUCUCCCUUCUUCAGCUCCCAGCCACUGGGGUAAAGGCAUUUUAUUGUUAUCAUUCAAUGAUGAGACAUUCUGAAAUAAAAAUGUCGUAUGUGUAUUUAAUGCUAUUUAUAAGCACAACAGCCUUUCUUACAAAUCGAAUUGUCAUUAUCCUAAAAGCUGUUGAUUUUAAAAUAUACAGCUUUUUACGUUUUUCUAUUUUAUUAAUGAAUAGAAGGGAUUUAUUUCUUUACAAAUAUUUUUGCAGACAGUUGCUACUGGGCUUUGUACUAUAUACAGUGAGUUUUGUACAGUAUAUAUUAAGCAAAAUAAAUCUUUACAAUUUGUGUAUUUUCAGAGUUAAAAGAGCACAUAUACUGUAUAUGGAGUGGACUGCAAAUAAUGUUAGAAUAAAUUAGUGUUUUGAAAUGAUGUUUUAAAAGUUCUUAAUCCUAUAGAAAAAGCAAUGUUUAGAGAACAUUCCAUUACUCAAAAUAAAGGAUCAAGCCAAUAAUUUAAACACAAAUUGGAAAAAAACCAAUGUCUUUUAAAACCCUUAUUUACUUUUGCAUUGUGUAUGGGAACUAUACAAUUGCUCUGUAAAUACCAUCAUGAAUGUUUUUUAUAACAGAUUGCUUAAGGUUAUUAAAUUAAACAGAUUUAUCGUAUAUUGUAACAUACUGAUAUUGCUUCUAAUAAACAAUGCCUUAUAUUCAA